GAUGAGACGUUGUUCGGCACGCACCCAUAUACCACACCGCCUGCGUUCGGCUGUGCUUGACUUGAACCCAUUCUUCCAUACUUUAAUAUCCAAACACAAACAUGCGUGCUUGCAGCCUCCAGCAGCGACGGGCAGCGGCGCCGGCCUCUGGUGCGCGGUGCUUCGUCCCGAGCGUGCGGCCUCCUGUUGGAGUGCGCCCGGUCCGCUCGCUGCUCCACCCGACCCAGCAGGCGUCUGUGCAGCAUGCCUCCGCCCUGGUUGCUCAGGCUGUGGCUAGCCAAGCCGGCACCCCUCCGCCUCGUGCUGGAAAGAAGAAGGUCAAGAAGAUGGUGGACAUCACGGGCGAGGUGCUGAAGGACCUUUCCAACGGGAUGUUCCAGGUGAAGCUCGAGAACGGGGUCAGCGUUAUCGCGCACCUGUCGGGCAAAAUUCGACAGAACCGCAUUAAGGUUGUGGUGGGCGACAAGGUGACGGUGGAGCUCAGCCCUUACGACCUCACCAAGGGACGUAUCACGCUCCGGCACAAACCUGGCCAGGACCCCACUGCCUCCGCCUCGAGUUCCGGUUCUGGCUCAGGGGCCCCCUAAGCGCACGACGCCCAAGGAGCUUGCUGAACAGGUGGUGUGCCGUUGCCGGUCGUGGAGUUGAUGGCGGCCUUGACUGCACGCGGAUGUAUGGGCAGUGUGGCACGUCCGUUGCCUUGCCAUGCUCCCCUCUCCGUGUCACAUCUGACGUUUAUCUGUUAUUGCUGACAAGUUUGCAAAGUUUUGGGUUCUGUUGUUUGAGUGUUAUGAGAGCUACCCCUCCAUGCUCGGCACGUGCUGAAGUGCUGUGCAGCUGGAAGGCAUUGGUCCACGAGCGAGAGAGCGCACGGUCGGUGGAUGGGCAUGAAUUCGUGAGUGCGCCCUGUGCGUAUGUACAGGAGCAUUCGUAGGAAUUAAGAUUGCCUAGAGCAUUGCAAGUUAUCCCGCAUCCUGCAUUUCGCGGCAGAGAGCGUAGAGGUAGCUCAUGAUAAGUGACGUGCAAGGGACGUCGGCGCACUGGGCGGUUGAAAGGAAAGCCGUGAAAGUGCACACGGCCACGCAUCCACCAGUGCAGCAGGAUGGGCGGAGGAAUCACUUGUCUGAUCUUUUAUGUUACAAUCAGUUGAUGUGGGAAAGCUUGCCAAGUCCAGGUGCGGGUAGCUGGGGUUGCGUGACAGUUCAGUGGCGGGGUGUGUGGUACGGUCGUGCCGUCGAUGCAAGCUGGAUGUCCUUCCCUCGCGCUUUCUUUGUAAGCCGACGCUGAU